AUGUCAGCCGAGAAGGUUAAGAAUCUGCGCCUGCAGCGGAGAGGGGCAAAAGCCAAGUUGACCAGGUUUGGAAAGGCCCUUCAGAGCUUGAUCGAUGGAGAGCGACCUGUUCCAGAAGUUCAGGAAUCGUUUGCACAGUAUGCUGGUGCUUUUGAGGAUUUACAAAAUAAGCAUGACAGUUAUUCGGAAGUGCUAGAGGAUGACGAGGAAUUUGAAAGAGAAGAGUUGUGGAUGGAAGAGUGCCACAAUUCAUUUUUGAAGCUGCAGAUCCUUGAAAGAGACUAUUGCAAAGAUAAUGAGAGCCACAGAGAAGCACAGCAGCUCCAAGAGCAUCAUCUUAGAGCAUCGACAAGCCAUCAGAGUAUGGAAACAACUUUAUCAGCAGAUGAACAGCAAGAUCAGUCACCAAGACAGACAAAUCAGCCUCCUGAAGCAGGAAGGAGAAUGUCAGGAUCUGUUUAUAGGAUGGAAAGGCCUAAACUUCCCACCUUUGAUGGCAACAUCCGUGAUUACUGCAUUUUCAAGGCAGAUUUUUUACAUGCUGUUGGCAGACAGUAUGAGGAUAGAGAUGCCCUAAUGAUUCUGAGGUCAUGUUUACAGAGCAAACCCUUGCAGUUGAUUAAAGGAAUUGGGCAUAACUACCAAGCAGCAUGGGAACAGUUGGACAUGAUAUAUGGAGAUGAGCGCUUUGUUGCCGACGCUAUAAUCAAUGACAUCUCAAAAGUCAAACCACUCAAAAGCGGAGAAGAUGAAAGAUUUUGUGAGUUUGUGCAUCUCGUUCGGAGGAGUUACAAUACCCUCAUGGAAAUCAACCAGCCAGGAAAUUUGAACAAUAGCCAUAUGCUUGCCAUAAUGGAAAGGAAGCUAAGCCCGGAAGACCGACUGGUGUGGUUUAGGCAUCAAGAGGCAAGUGGCAAGGCAAGCUUUGAAAUGUUUCUGACAUGGCUUACAGUUGAACUGAAGUCAAGGAUGAGAGCUUCGGCCCCAGUCCGAAGUGAUUCGAAGUCAAGUGGUGUACAUCUAGUCGGGAAGACAGUAGCCAGCCAGGAAAACAAAGUCCAGAGGUUAUUUCACAAAUGCUGGCUCUGUGAAACAUCAUCACAUUGGCUUGAUCAGUGUCGUAAGUUUUUAGCCAUGUCACAAUCCGAGAGACUGAAGCUACUCAAGGAUCAUCAUGCCUGUUAUAGCUGUCUAAAGAAGGCUGGUAAGGAUCACAGAAUGUCAAACUGUAAACGGAAACGUCGAUGUAGUGAAACUACUGCCGGAGAACCAUGCAAGUACUUCCACCACCCCCUCCUUCAUGCUUCAACAGAGGUCCGAGGUGGAAAUGUAGAUGUCGCCUUUGCGGGCAACUCUGAGGCACUGUUACCCGUAGUUACAGCGGAGAUCCUGGGGCAACAAGGAGCAGUCUGUAAGGGAAAUGUGCUCUUAGACUCUGGAGCUCAAGUAAGCCUCAUCAAGAUGUCUGUUGCUAAGGAGAUGAAUCUGAAGGGAAGCAACAUAAAUAUCACAAUCACUAAGGUUGGUGGAGAGCAAGAGCAGAUGGAAACCAAACAGUAUCAGAUAAAAGUGAGGUCCCUCUCUACCAAUGCCAUUCAUUCUUUAGCAGCAGUGGCAUUACCCUGUAUCAGUGAAAAUAUUGCACAAGUGAAGAUGAAUGAAAUUUCCAAGCAGUUUAAUCUGAAGUCUGAGGAUCUACGCAGAGGAAGUGGGUCAGUUCAUCUUCUCAUAGGUAUUGACUACCCAAAGAUGCAUCUUGGUGAAACGAGAGAGAAGGGACAGUUAGUAGCCCGAAAAUCCCCACUGGGCUGGGUCAUCUUUGGUGCUCCCAAAAGAAGGAAUGAUAGGAUGAAUGUGCUGCAUGUGAAGUUGACAUCCCCAAUUGACUUGACCGAUUUCUGGAGCUCAGAAUCUAUGGGGGUGCAGUCUAGUUCCUGCCAUUGUGAGCCAAGCCCUUUGAGCAAGCAGGAGAAGGUUGAGGAGCAGAUUAUCAGAGAGUCUAGUAGAAAGGUUGGAAACAAGUGGGAGAUUGCUUAUCCAUGGAGAAAGGAUCCCAACCUACUUCCUAACAAUCGAGCACAAGCAGAGAAGGUACUGUGUUCGACUGAGAAAAGACUAGCUCGAAACCCAGACCAUGCAGAUGCAUAUAGAAAACAAAUGAGGGAACUGAUAGAGAAUGGAUUUGCACGAAAGUUAACAGAGAAUGAAGUAGCUCAGUACGAGGGUCCUGUUCACUACAUUUCCCACCACGCUGUUCUCCGGCCUGAGAAGAGAAGUACCCCUGUACGCAUCGUCUUCAAUUCGUCUUCAUCAUAUCAGGGUCAUUGCUUAAAUGACUAUUGGCUAAAGGGUCCAGAUCUUCUCAAUGAUCUGCUUGGAGUGUUGCUGAGAUUCCGGAUGAAUGAAGUAGGAUUUUGUGGUGACAUUUCUAAGAUGUAUCACAGGGUCUCAAUUCCUGAGAGAGAUAUGAAUGUACAUCGGUACCUGUGGCGAGAUAUGGAGACUGAUAAAAAGCCAGAUGUUUACAUUAUGAAAGUUGUUACAUUUGGCGACAAGCCAGCACCAGCUAUGGCCCAGUUGGCACUCAGGAUGACAGCAGAAGCAGCAGAGGCUAGAUAUCCGAAAGCAGCACAGGUACUGAAGGAGAGUGUCUACAUGGACGACAUAUGUGACUCGGUGAGAGAUGUAGGCGAAGCAGAGCAGCUGACAAGUGAAAUUGAUCAAGUACUUUUGGAAGGUGGCUUUAAAGUUAAAGGCUGGACCAGCAACGAAGCUUUGAGAGGAGAAAGUAAGAAGGAAGGUAAAACAAAAAUCCUCGAAGCCGCCUUGGAAGACAAAGUGCUGGGAAUAGCAUGGGACAACCAGCAAGAUAUGUUCUUCUACAAACUGAAGGACACAGUCAGCAGUUUUCCUAAUGAUGGAAAAGAAGAAUCGAGUGUACUUACCAAAAGGAAGAUUCUGAGUAGAAUUGCACGAAUAUUUGAUCCGAUAGGAUUUGCUGCCCCCUUUCUAGUUCGUGCAAAGAUUGGAAUGCAGCAGUUGUGGCAAAGAGGAUAUGAUUGGGAUGAACUUCUGCCUCCCGAUCUACAGGAGUGGUGGGUGACAUUCAUGAAAGAGAUGCAGGACUUGAAUGAUAUCAAAUAUGAGAGAUGCCUGACUCCACCAAUGGCUGUUGGUCACCCUUCACUGUGCAUAUUUGCUGAUGCAUCUGAGGUAGCAUUUGGAGUCUGUGUGUAUUUGCAGUGGAAGCUGGAAAAUGGUAAAUAUGCUGUUAGAUUUGUAGUUGCCAAAUCUCGAGUUGCUCCCCUGAAAAAGAUGACUGUGCCUAGACUUGUACUUCAGGCGGCAGUAAUGGCUUCAAGAGUCUACACAACAGUGAUGAAAGAACUGAGUCUGAAGCCUGAAAAGAUCAUCUUCAUGACUGAUAGCAUGAUUGCCCUCUCCUGGAUUCGAAGUGAGGGUAGGAGAUUUAAGCCAUUCGUCGCAGCAAGGAUUGGAGAAAUCCAAAGUUAUACCAACCCUGCACAAUGGAAGUAUGUUCCCGGAGAGCUGAACCCAGCAGAUGACGUCUCCAGGGGCCUGCCAGUAAGGAAGCUCUCAGAAAGGUGGAAACAAGGACCUGCGUUCUUGUACAGAUCUUACGAGGAAUGGCCGUCAGAAAAUGCUAUUCCAGAAGCAGAGACUGAGAUUGAAGCAGAACGACGAAGGGUUAAUUAUAUCUCAGUCAAGAACAAUGAUGUGAUCGAUGUCAAGAGAUUCUCCAGCUGGAAAAAACUGAUCCGAGUAACGGCUUAUGUUUUAAAGUUCAUCGACAAGCUCAAAGCUGUACUUCGGGCAAAGUCUAAUGUCAAUCUUGGAGAUGGAAACUUAUCGACAACUCAGUUGCAGAAAGCUGAACACUUUCUAAUUAAGGAAGCCCAGAGUUUCUUGUAUCAACGUGUACAGAAUGGAGAAUUCAAGACUCUCAGCCCUUUUAUAGACAACGAGGGAAUUAUCAGAGUUGGAGGGCGACUAGACAAGGCUCUGAUUUCUUAUGAGCACAAACACCCUGCUCUGCUGCCACAUGGAGCUUGGGUAUCAGUGCUGAUAACGAGACAUAUGCAUCAGCUAGGACACGGAGGCGUGGCAGCUACUGCAGCGAAGGUUCGACGUCAAUACUGGAUCCUGAAAAUUCAUAAACUGGCUAAGACUGUAAAGUAUAGGUGUGUGAUUUGCCGACGCAUGGAGCAUCAGGUUGAGUCACAAGUCAUGUCUGAUCUACCAGAUGAGAGAGUUGCCCCAUAUACACCACCGUUUCACUUCUCAUCUGUCGACUAUUUUGGACCGAUAUCAGUCAAAGUUGGAAGGAACAAGACCGCCAAGCACUAUGGGGUCCUCUUCACCUGCCUGAAUACAAGAGCGGUACAUCUUGAAGUGGCCGUUGAUUGCUCAUCCAUGGAGUUCAUGCAGGUACUACGAAGAUUCUUUGCUGUGCGGGGUCAGCCUGCAUUACUGCUAAGUGACAACGGUACACAAUUCGUAGGGGCAGAAAGAGAGUUACGGGAGAUGGUGAGAGGUUGGAGCUAUGAGGAGUUAAAGGACUUCUGCGCCGAGAGAGGAACGACAUGGAAGUUCACCACUCCAUCUGCACCGCAUCACAAUGGAUGUGCUGAAGCGUUAGUUAAAAGUUGCAAGAUCGCCUUGAAGAAAGCAGUCGGGGAUCAACUGGUCACACCCUUUGAGUUGCAUACAUGUCUCCAAGAGGUCGCAAAUCUCGUCAACCAGCGCCCUAUCGGAAGAACUCCGAAUGAUCCCGAUGAUGGAGCAUAUCUGUGUCCAAACGAUCUUUUGCUUGGAAGAUCUUCGAGCGCAGUCCCUCAAGGACCCUUCAGAGAGACGAAGAACCCGAGACAUCGCUUUGAGUUUGUCCAGCGAAUCGUCGACGCGUACUGGAAGAGUUGGAUGCGUGACGUCUUUCCACUACUGGUGCCACGACGAAAAUGGAACAGUGACAGAAGGAACGUCCGAAUCGAUGACGUGGUUAUACUCUCUGACCCUAAUGCAGUUCGAGGAAAGUGGACAUUGGGUAAAGUUAUCCAAGUGUAUCCUGGGACUGAUGGGAAAGUUCGAACAGUUAAAGUACAAUCUAAAGGUACUGAUUAUAAGCGGCCGAUUUCGAAGAUUGUUGUAAUAUAUCCGGCAGAAGGGUAUGAGGAGUAG